GUCUCAGAGAAGGCUACCGCAGACAUGGAGGAGUUGAGCGCCGUCGGAGAACAGGUUUUUGAUGCCGAAUGUAUUCUAAAUAAACGACUACGAAAGGGAAAGUUGGAAUAUCUGGUCAAGUGGAGAGGCUGGUCAUCCAAGCACAAUAGCUGGGAGCCUCAGGAAAACCUCCUUGACCCAAGAUUAUUGGCAGCAUUUAACAAGAGUGAACAAGAAAAAGAGAUGUUAUACCGCAAAAAAGGCAAAAGGCCUAGAGGACGACCUCGAAAAAUUGUGGAAACCGUUCCAGAGGUCACAAAGUCCAGCAGCUCCUCAUCUUCCUCCUCCUCUUCUGACUCCUCCUCAUCAUCAUCCUCCUCCUCCUCCUCGGAAGACGAUGAUGAAGAUGAGAGUGACAGAAAGGCCAAGCCAGCACCUCGCCUUCGGGAACUUCACCCCGUGCCCCAGAAGAAGGCACAGAUUGUAGUGGCCAAGCAGGAGCCAGUAAAGAAGAAGCGAGGCAGGAAAGCACUGCCACCAGAGUUGAGGGCCCUGCGCCAAGCGGGAAAGCCUCCCCGCAAGAUCAUCAGGCCCUCAAUCAAAGACUCUCUCGCCGAUCUUCGGCCAAACACAAUCAAGAAGCCCCUGCAGCCAGCCAGCUUCACUUACCCGGGCAUGGGCCGGAGUGCCAACCGGGACUCCCAAGGUCUGCACAGCCGAGGUGCCUUCAGUCAGAGUGGAGCUGUUAAACCGUCUCUGAGCAGCAUAGGUCCUGGGCGAUCUCUGGGCCCCACUUCGCCUUCUUUCAACAGACCUCCACAGGGUAAGGGUGCUCCCGACUUCAAACUAUCAGUGUCCGAGUCUGGCAGCGGUGCUGGGUUAGACUUGAAAUCAUCAUCAUCAUCAGCAUGCAAAUCACCGGGUGUGGCAUCCCUGAAUUUACACAAUUCCAAACUCUCCACCAACACCAGCAGCAACAACAAUCAGGGUGCUCCUCAGUCUGUCUUGGGAUCUCCCAAUGGACAAAAAAAGCACAAUGUUUCCUCUGGACAGACCCCUCUGCAGAGGCUGCCUAGCAAUAAAACAACAGCAGCAUCCUUCCCUUCCGUGAGAAAUCCCAACAUGAAUAUGCAGGCACUGAACCUGCAGAGUGCGAACAAGCCGUUGCAAUGUGGUGGGACGGCAGGAAAUGGAAAUGUGGCAGGAAGUAACUUCAGACGUGCUGCCAACCCGGCACGAAAGACCCUCAGUGGCAAAGAGCAGAGCCUUCAACCAGCCAUGGCCAGUUCAGGUGCACAGCAGCCCAAAAAGAGCCAGCCAGGAGGGGAUAAAAUCAAAGCCGAGGACACCAAUGACUUGGGUCCCACGACAGACAGGUCAGCAAAGAGGCCUCCAAACAGAGUAGAGAAGAGUCCAUCACUGAAACUACCCACAGAGAUCAGAGAACCGGUGGGCAAACGUGAGAGGUCGUCCUCAAAGGACGGAGGAAAGGGGAAAGUUCUGUGUGAGAUGAGCACUGGCGAAGAAGGGAGCAGCUCUGACUCCGACCAGGAUUCACCAUUCCCCAGCAAUGGGCAGGACUUGUCCAUUGCUGUGCAAGCAAGCCAGGAUUGGAAGCCAACCCGAAGUCUGAUCGAGCAUGUUUUUGUCACGGACGUCACGGCCAAUCUCGUCACUGUAACAGUGAAGGAGUCGCCAACCAGCGUGGGGUUCUUCAGCAUCCGAAAUUAUUGAUUGAUAUGACUGAUGCACGAGAGCCAUCAGUCAUCAGCACAGAGGCUGUGUAGGAGUGUUUUUCCCCCAAGCAGUGAAGGAAAAAAAUGUAUGGCUAGUUCAAAUGGCAAAUACAUCAAGGUUAAGUGGUAGUAGGAUGUCUACAUAUCUACUCUGAAUGAAUACCAACAUGUUUACAUAGGCCUUAUUUUAUUCAGCGUCGGGAUGGUCUGUACAUCACCUGCCCAAUUACACCUUGGGUCUUCCAACAAGGAAGAUGUUUGUUCACGGGAAAACUUUUCUGGGACAUAUUUUAAUCUAAAGGUAGCGGUUGAGCCAGAGAAGAGUCUAGGUAAUGUUCCCUGAAUCCUUUUUAUUGUAGUAAAAUAUAUAUAUAUCUUUAUGAAUAAGAAGAGCUACUAGCAUCAAGAUGCGAGACAUUCAAUAUAAAAAAGUGAAUUGAUGUGUACUACUUUGAUUCAAUGUUUCCUCGUAGAAUUUGCAUAAACAAGCUUUGACAUUCAAUCUGUUUGUGUAGAGGACUCUUGUAUAUGUAAUGCCCCAAAGAAACAAAGCUCAUAAGAAAGCUUACCAGCAGUGUGGCUUGAAUAUGAAGCUGCUGCAACUUACUUCACACACUGACCACCCCAUGUUUUAAACAGCUACAGUGUUCCCUCAUGGUUUUUUGGUUGGACUGAAGCAUCAUGGUUGUUUGUGCGGUUUGCCUUAAAUGUUUAUUUGUAUAGACACAAUCCUUUCCUGAAGACACUUAUGGACAUGAAACUGUUGAAACAAGUUAAAUUCAGUGAUGGAAAACACCACUUUUUAUCUUAAUUUAUUAUAACGUUCUCUUUUUACCUGCCUUUUACAUUUUCUUUUUAAAAAAUAAAACUUCUGCCUUUUGUACACUA